AUGUCUAAAAUACCAAGCCAGCAGGUGGUCAUUGUAGGAAUCGACGCAAAUGCGAAGAUGGGACUCGAACAGCAAUCCGAUGUGCUAGGAAAAUGGUACUAUGCAGCGGAGCGCACGUCGGACAACGGUGACCGUCUGGUCGACUUGUGCGAACAGACGGGCCUCAUCAUCGCUUCUACGUUUAAGAGGAAUCAUCGACGCCAUCAGCUCACGUGGCAGGGGUCAACACUUUUAACGCCUAAAGAACAGCGCAAGCGGAAGAUGAGGACUCUUAAACUUCAGCUGGACUACGUUCUAGCGAGGAACAUUCCUCAGUCAGAUAUCCGAAAAUCUAGAGCUGUUUGGGACGUCGCGUUCGACUCUGACCACCGUCGAGUUCUUCUCAGCCUCAAGAUACUGUUUCACAAGAGAAACCGAGGAGUUUCUCUUCAAUCGAAAAUCGACAUGGCAGGUCUGAAAGACGAUGAAUGCAGAAGAAAAUUCCGCCAACGUGUGUCUAUUCAUGUUGGAGUACAGACUAGGAAGAAGCUUAGCGAUGCGGAUUCCUUCACAAAGUGCAUUCAGGACGCUGCAAGGGAAACGCUCCCGGUUCUAUUGCCGCGGAAGAAGUUUGCCUUUGCAUCUGCGGAAACAAAAUCCACAUACAAUUCUGUAUGUGCCGCGCGCAGCGCUGGUGACUUCAACCAGGAAAAGCGUCUUAGAAGGAAGCUGCGUCGUCAACUACAACAAGACCGCGAUAACGAGUGGACGUCAAGAGCGAUGGAGUUUGAGAAAGCGUGGGAGGACAGGAACCCGCGGAAAGCCUAUGCUCCACUAAAACAACCGACAUAUGCGGUUAACGAGGAGCCACCGACCGAGUCGGAGAUCCUGGUCUGUAUUCAGAAAAUGAAGAAUGGAAAAUCUGGUGGAGACGACGGGAUUAGCGCAGAAAUGCUGAAAUAUCUUCCUCCGUCUGGGAUUCGUGAGAUGACAAAGAUCAUCUGUUCAAUAUGGAUAGACGAAAGGAUACCUGAUUCGUGGAGACACGCUAUCAUAAUUCCCCUCCACAAGAAGUUAUCCGUCACGGACCCCAGGAAUUAUCGAGGAAUCUCUUUGCUGCGUGUUAUGUACAAGCUAUUGGAGCGCAUUAUCCUGGACCGACUCAUUAAACAUCGCGAAGAAACAACGCGCGACGAGCAAGCUGGCUUUCGUCCUAGCCGAUCUACGAUUGACCAGCCGCGUUCGACUCUGACGGCAGAGAGACGGCACCGAGGCCGUCUUCUCAACGCGCUGAGUGCCGAUGGAGUACCAGGAAAGUUCGUUCGCUUGCUUGAUGACAUGAAUCAACGAACAACUGCUGCAGUUCGAACACCAGCCGGAUGUACAACACCGUUUGAAGUGGUAACUGAAGUAAGACAAGGGGCGGUGACAAGACCCUUCCUGUUCAAUUUCGCCAUCGACGACAUUAUGCGAAUAACAGUCGACCAGUGUCCUGCCGACAUUGUCUUAGCACCAUCUAGGUGCCCCUUGACUGACUUCGAGUACGCCGACGAUGUUGUUAUAUUCGCGGAAAGCAGUACGAAACUUCAACAUGUUGUCAACCUUGUAUCGAAGCUGGCUGCAGCCUAUGGACUACGCCUACGCCCUGAUAAAUGCAAGCAGAUGUGGAUCUCUUCGAGACCACGAACGGGAAUCUGGAUGGACGGACAACCGAUAGAACUCGUCGAUGAGUUCUGUUACUUAGGCUGUACGCUGAAGAACAAUGGCAGCUACUAG